GCCAUGGAUCCUAAAUUUACCAGUUCUGACGAUGUAAAGGUUUGACAGUACAAUGUGGAGCUCUGAAACGCUGUAUAGCUACUUGCCGACUUCAAAACAGAAAGGUGUUAUAUAUGCCAGAACAUAAAGAUGAAGUGAUAGCCAGGUGGUCCCAGAACGCAACGCACGAGCGAUGGUACGCCUGGUGACGCCCUUCGCCACCCUGGUGUUGGUGACGCUGGCGGUGGCAAGUCCCCAGAGGCCAACGGAUCUUCUCCCGGAAAAACUGGAUAAACUCAAAGAAAUUUUCGAAGCCGUUACAAAUACAGGAGGAGGAGGAGGCGACUGUCCGGACGAUUGCCCGGAUACCGUCAAGCCCGUUUGUGGUUCCAACAGUGUCCUGUACCGCAAUGACUGUUCCCUCGCCAGGGUCGCCUGCAGGGACCCGACUCUCUCUAAGCGCAACGAUGGACCUUGCUUUGCUACGCAGUCACCUCCGACCGGGUCUCGCCCAAGCGGCGGGUCGACGAUAAACGCUUCAACACAGUGUAGAGAGGAGUGCACGAAGAUAUACAUGCCGGUCUGCGGAACUGACGGCAGGACUUACAACAACAAGUGCAUCCUGGAGGCGGAGAGCUGCAAGUCCCGUAACUCUGGUGGGAGAGGCAUCGGGAUUGCUGCAGAAGGCGUUUGUAAAAACGACACUUGUCAAACCAACUGCGGGGACUCGUACCAGCCUGUGUGUGGCACCAAUGGUGUCACCUACAGUAACAGAUGCGAGCUGACAGCUGCAGCCUGUAGAAAUGCCACUAUCAGCCAACGAUCUGAGGGAGCCUGCCCACCGUCAACCUCCAGAGUGCAUUCCGUCACCGUCAGUUCAGUUCAGGUUCCUCCUAUUCCAUCCGCUCCUGUGACGACCGGCCCGGACUGCCCGGAUACAUGCAACCCAGGAUUCCGGCCUGUGUGUGGCUCGGACGGUCAGGUAUACGGUUCGGAAUGCAAGCUGAAUCUGGCCCGAUGCAAGAACAGCAACCCGUCGCUAGUCAAGAAGAAUGACGGAGUCUGCACCAAGGAUUGUAGUAUCGUCUGCUACGAGGAUGAUGAACCUGUCUGUGGCAGCAACAAAGUUACUUACAUCAACGACUGCUUCCUGGCCGUUGCUCGCUGCAAGGAUCGUUCCAUCUCCAAGGUUUCCAACGGCGCAUGCAACACCACAGUGCGACCCGUGUGCGCGCUACAGUGUGACGAGGUGUCCAACCCCGUGUGUGGCAGUGACGGAGGCACUUAUAACAACAACUGCCAGCUACUGGCCGCCAGCUGCUACUACAGGGGACUCAUCAAGCUCUAUGACGGCCGCUGUAAAGCUAACAGCAAGUGAAACAGCACUCUGCAAGGGCUUCAACACCGGAGCACCUCCUCCGAGCAACACCCCCAGCACAGUAUUCUAGCAACCUCCAGUUCAGCAUCCUAGCAACCUUCAGUCACAGCAUCCUAGCAACAUACAGCACAUUUUCCUAGCAUGAUCCCUUAAGCAAAAUUCUGCUGUGCUGUCAGUCUCAACCCUCAGUACAGCUUUCAUUAUGUCGCAUGAUUAUUGUUGCUCUCUAGACUUGGCCUCUUUCUCCUUGUAUUGAAUAAUCGUAGAUGUAGAUUGUAGACACCUCAUUCUUCUUCGCAUAGGAUAAUCGUAGAUUUAGAUCAAAGACACACCGCUUUCUCUUCGUAUAGGAUAAUCGUAGAUUUAGAUCGUAGACACACCCAUUCUUUUAAUAUAAGAUAAUCGUUGAUUUAAAUCGUUAAGUUUGUAUUACUCUCAAAACGUCACUCGUUCCUGUUAGUGUGCGACCUAAUAUAUUUAUCUCAGUUUUUAUAAAUAGUUAUGUUUACCCUCAAAAUUAUUUGUUUUUAAAUAUAUCAUCAUUGUGCCAGCCAAUUUCUAUCAUGUUCUGUCUGCCUGUCACACACAGUGUCUCUGCCUGUCUAAAAUAUCUACCUACUUGUCUGUCUCUUUCUGUCUCCCCCCCUUCCUCUUGAUACAACACCAGGAGACUAGAUAAUAAUCCCCUCCCUCUACGUUCAUUCCAAGAGCCAGAUCCGCCAUUCUGUGACUUCUUCUGUGCAGACAGCAAGAGGGACCUCGUCUGCGGCAGCGACGGCAGCACCUACCACAACCACUGCGCCCUGAUCGUCAGCGCCUGCCGCAGGGGUCAGCAGGUUGUUAAGAUCGGCAGCGGCCCUUGUCCCAGGAGUAUCAAAUUGGGUGAUUCCAUGUGGACACUCAAAAGGCGUUCGGAUCUUGGCUACAGACCGGCCUCUGUUAGGCAUCAAGGCGUUUGAAAUUGGUCAGUGUUCGAACGUUUGUCUUGCAUUCGAACGCUUGAUUCGGAUGUUCCUCGUGUGUUUGAUCAAUAGAUAUACAGGUGUCUGGCUGUCGUUGUAACGUUAGGUAAUGACAUUAAAUGCAUUCGAACGUUAUAUACAAGCGUUCGAACGUUAGAUACAGGCAUUCGAACGUUAGAUACAGGCAUUCGAACGUUAGAUACAUGCUUUCGAACGUUAGAUACUUUCAACUGGGAUUCGAACGCUAAAUACAGACGAUUAUCUGGCGUUCGGGAUGUUAGAUGACAGUGUUCGUUUCAAGUUGGAACUCUUAGCGAGGAGGCACCUAAGAUUAUCACAGCGGGUGUGAGGACUACUUAACUCUUAUGACUUACGAUGAGGAAAUAUAUUAACCGAGAAUGAAAUAGAAACGCGUUUAAAAAAGACCAAAAAAUCUGAAUAACGAUGUCAAACCUUAAGUUUUAUCGAAGGAAUAAAGAUCAUACAAGUAAA